UCAUCGUUCCACCCAUUCAUUCCCUUGUCGCACUUAACUCCCAUCGGCGUCCCGUCAUUUGUUUCAGACCUGAGUUCUCACUUGUCACACUGCCUCAUCCUUGAACAUCGGCUUAGCUUGAACCUCCUCUUCAAGAAUACACCCUCACACUCGGCCAAAUUACCGUCGCCAUCGUUCGCAGAGGAAUAGUGGACAUCAAGACGUAAUGGACGAAACUCAAAACCGGUUCCCACUGCAUACCGCUGCACGAGAGAGAAGAGUAUCGGUGGCUGAGACUAUUCUCAAGACAGAGCCCAAGCUCGCCACUCGGGAAGACGAAGAUGGCAGAUUGCCCAUUCACUGGGCUGCAUCAUCCAACUGCAUUGAUAUCAUCGUGUUGCUUGCGCAAUACAGCAACUUUGACCCGAACGUUCAAGAUGGCAGCGGCUGGACGCCACUGAUGAUCGCGGCAAGUCUAAAGGACGGCGAAGCGCUCGUUAGUUUACUGCUUCAGAAGGGAGCCGAUUCGAAUUUGAAAAACCACAAUGGACAGAAUGUCCUCCACUUCGUGGCUUCCAAGAACAAUCUAGAUGUCGCGAAGACACUCAUCAGUCAGGACUCUCCUGUGUCUACCAGAGUCCGCGACAAGCGCGGCCAAUAUCCCAUUCACAGAGCUGCGGCCGUAGGCUCAGUGCCCAUGGUGAUGCUUCUAGUUAAAAACAAGAGCCCUCUCAACGCUGUCGACGCUUCGGGCUACACCGCACUGCAUCAUGCCGUUGCUGAGGGUCACGGCGAUACAGCAGUGGCCUUACUCAAAGCUGGGGCCGAGUGCGACAAGAGAGACAACGACGGCUACCUGGCUUUAGACCUGGCUCCAGACAAGGAGGUUCGCCGCUACAUAGAACGUGCUGCCGAGGAGGAAGGCAUAGAUCUGGGGACUAGGUAGUCAGGCGGCAAGCUGGACUAGCACGCCUUCUUGCCUUGACUAGCCGUCGGGGUUGUUGCCUCUUCAUGUACAUGCCAUGGAACGCGGUUUGCCUGUCUCUGCUCCGAGCGGUCAACACCACACAACGAUAUUGUAUUACCUGACCGUUCGCUCUACCAGGUCACGAUACAUGGCCUUCACAUCCUGUACAUCGGCACGCAGCUCGUCUACUAGUUCGCUCUUCUCCCCAAGUAGUUCAAGCGUCGUCUGGUAUCUUGAAUUCAAGUCUUCGACCUGACUCUCCA